CUCAACCACCGUCGUAAUCAUCCCUCCGGCGGCCUUCUCUCAGCUCUCUCUUAUCUGUAAAGAUAUGAUAUUAGCUUAGAUUGAUCCUUUUCUGGGUUUUGGGCUUAAUCUGUUCAUACUGUUUCUUUUCUUUUCUCCUCUGUUUUUUUUUAUAAACUGUAAUGGCUUCUACAAGGAAAGAUGUGGAUCGAAUCAAAGGUCCGUGGAGUCCAGAAGAAGAUGAGGCUUUACAACGGCUGGUUCAAACGUACGGACCCAGGAACUGGUCUUUGAUAAGCAAAUCAAUACCGGGUCGAUCUGGAAAGUCGUGUAGGCUUCGAUGGUGCAACCAGCUUUCUCCCGAUGUUCAACACCGUCCUUUCACUCCCGAAGAAGAUGAAACGAUUAUGCAAGCCCAUGCUCGAUUCGGUAACAAAUGGGCUACCAUCGCCAGACUACUCAGUGGCCGUACCGACAACGCAAUUAAGAAUCACUGGAACUCCACGCUGAAGCGAAAAAGCUCAUCCAUGGCUGAUGAUGUAAACGAUGAUUCCCCACAGCCGCUUAAAAGAUCGGCCAGCCUAGGAAAUGGUAACAAUACAUCGGGCCUUUACUUGAAUCCCGGAAGUCCUUCUGGAUCCGACUUGAGUGACUCGAGUUUACCCGCUGACACAUCGAUUUUCACCCCGAUAACAAGAACAAGUUCUCUGGUCCCUUCUAGUCAGCAUGUGGAAACGGCCUCGUCGACAACGGAUCCACCAACCUUACUCAGUCUCUCUUUGCCAGGUUCCGAAAACAAGGACGGAGCAGCCGUGUCCCCACCCGCAUUCAACCCGGUUCCAAAUCCGACCCAGAUUGCAGCGCCAUUAGUGGCCCCAACUGUGGGAAAUGGCGAGAUGAAUGGGAUGGAGAAACCGUUUUUUAGCGCAGAGUUUUUGGCGGUGAUGCAGGAGAUGAUAAGAAAAGAAGUGAGAAGUUAUAUGGCAGGGAUUGAAAAAAAGGAGCUUUGUUUGCAAACAGAGGCUAUUAGAAAUGCUGUUGUGAAGCGUAUUGGAAUUAGCAAAAUCGAGUAGGCGAUAUGAAUCAGGACCAAAAAAACGAAGUUGCUUAGUUUCUUUUCCAUGGGUUUUCUUUCUUUCUAAAUUGGUGUCUCAGUUAUUUUGGUUAUAGAAAUAAUCAUUUUGGUAGUGUACAGAGGGGAAAACAAUGGAGGAGCCAUGGAAUUAGAGAUUUGAGUUGGGA